AUGACCAAGGGCCCUCGGAAAGUGAAGCUAGUCAUUGUAGUCAACAAUAAGAAAGAUCCCCCCACAUUCAAAACCCUAACGCCGACCUCACGUACCCAGCUGAAGCAACAGUUGAUGCGAGAGCAUGCCCAGGAGCAACUACGCAGAGAAUCAUUACAGGCACAACAGGGGCAGUCGAAGGAGAAUGCCGAAGACAAGAAGAAGUCGAGUCCGACGGACGUACCACGUAUUACCCCACACGUCGAGUUACCGCCGCAAGUGUUGCAGGUGCGAACAGUUCUGGAGAACCCCACCAGGUAUCACGUGAUCCAGAAGCAGAAGAGUCAAGUGCGCCAGUACCUCAGUGAAUCGUUUCAGCCUCAAGCACAGGUUGCAGCGAGCACUAGACCGGGCCCGGUGCAGUCAGCGCCGGAGCUGUGCGCCUCGCCGGAACGAACCUCCACUUCCAGUCUCCUCAGCCCUGGAUUAUGUUCCUCCACUGCACACACAUCCGAACCGGACGAGUUCCUGGAGGACAUCCUGUCGCUGGACGGCGGCGCGGCGCGCUCGUCGUCGGGGCCGCCGUCCGCCGCCAGCUCGCUGGCCGGCGACUGCGCGCUCACCGACGCCGACAUGCACGCGCUCGCCAAGGACCGCCAGAAGAAGGACAACCAUAAUAUGAUCGAGAGGCGUCGCCGCUUCAACAUAAACGACCGGAUCAAGGAGCUCGGAACACUGCUGCCGAAGACGAAUGAUCCGUUCUACGAGGUUAUCCGGGACGUGAGGCCGAACAAGGGCACUAUACUCAAGAGCAGCGUGGACUAUAUCAAGUGCCUGCGGGAUGAAGUCAACCGACUCAAGCAGAGUGAACAAAGGCGGAAGCAGAUCGAACUGCACAACAGGAAGCUGAUGCUCAGGAUACAGGAGCUGGAGCGGCUGGCGCGCGUGCACGGCCUGCCGCUGGACGCCGACAGCGAGCCGCCCGCCGCGCCGCGCCCCGCACCCCACCCCGCGCCCGCACCCGCGCCCGACCUCACCGCGCCCGCCGACCUCGCCAACCUCGCCUCAGACCUCGCCGACCCACCGGAGAUGGUGUUACCGAAGAGUGAACCAGCGCCCGCGAUGGAAGUGAGCGAAGCGCCAGACCUGCUGCGAGACAUGCCGCACACUGACUGUAUGCCACCGCUCGACGCACUUGACGGUCUCAAACUCGGCUCGUGUUCGCCGCUGGGGCGCGAGGGCCUGCCCGAAGGCCUGCCUGAGGGCCUGCCGGAGGGCCUGGGCGAAGGUCUGCCUGAAGGCCUGGGCGAAGGCCUGGCGCUGGGUUGCCUGACACCAGCUCUGUGCCUAGACUCCGCACCCGAUAUGUUCGACCACAAGGACGUCAAGAUGCGGUUAUCUCCAUCGCCGGGGCUGCUGGGCAGCGAGGACAGCGAUGCCGUUCUCAACCUGGCGGAAAUCGAGGACCUAAUGGACGACGACUCACACAAUCCUGUCACACAAGGGGAUCCGAUGCUAUGUUCGUCGCCCACAUCACUGGGGCUGUGCACGUCCGAACAGUUGUUGCAUGAUGACUCACAUUACACCUCUCACCAUCACGGGUCGACGCUACUAAGCGAGGGCCUGGGGCUGGGCGCGUCGCUGUCGCUGGGCGACAGCUGCCUGCCCGGCCUGCUGCUGGCCGCGCCGCACCACCACCACCACGCGCCACACUCGCCGCGCUCGCACUCCCGCCCAUCCUGCUUCGACAUGGACCUCGGAGCCUAA